AUGAUAUGCUCGUCAUCCGUUGCCAGAAAAGACAUCGAAUGUGAGAAAAUGACAUCAAAACCAGAAACUUUUGUUUCUUUCAAGGGAGAUCAAACUGGAAAGAAUAUAAUCUCUGGAUAUUUGGCCAAAAUCAGUCUAUGUGGACCGUUUUUAACUGUAGAUUGGGAUGUACACCAUGGUAAUGGAAUUCAAAAUGCCUUUUACAAUACUGAAAAAGUUCUGUACAUAUCAUUACAUUGAUACGAUAAUGGUAAUUUCUUCUCAAGAGGUUCUGCUGGUAAUUACACUGACAUAGGUGGUGAUGGUGCCAAAGUAUUCAACGUCAACAUCCAUGAAACAAAAAAAGGCAUGAAAGAUGCUGAAUAUAUAAUGGCUUUUCAGCAAAUUCCUAUACCUAUAGCAUAUGAAUUCAAUCCUGAGUUGGUAAUUAUAUCAGCUGGAUUUGAUGCAGCUGCUGGUGAUCCCUUGGGAGGUUGCAAGGUGUCACUUGAAGCCUAUGGUCAUAUGACGCACAUGCUAACAUUACUGGGAAAUAGUAAAACAAUUAUAAUACUAGAAGGCGGAUAUAAUUUAUCAACAGCGUAUUGUAUGGUAAUGUGUACAAAAGCCUCGUUGAGAGAACCUUUGCCAUCGUUGACAUUAUUUGCCGUAGAUCCUAUAGCUAUAAAUUCUAUUCAGAACGUCAACCAUUAUUAGAGAAUUGGUGCUGGUUCAUUACCCAAACCUUAUUUGGAAUGUUUGGAGAGCAGCAUCAAGGAAUAUAAAAUAAUUUUGUAAGAGAAGGAAAAAAAGGGUCAUACGUAAGAAAAGAAAUCGA